AUGUCUCCUCCUCCUGGUCUUCGGCGACAGGGGGAGAACCUUGUGUGUCGCCUCCACAAGUCGUUGUAUGGACUGAAACAGGCUUCUCGUCAAUGGUUCUCUAAGUUCACAGAAGCUAUUCUUACUGCUGGCUUCUCUCAGUCAAAAGCCGACUAUUCUUUAUUUGUCUGCAAAGAUGGUACAUCUCUCACCGUCUUAUUAAUCUAUGUGGACGAUAUUUUGAUCACAGGAAACAAUAUGGAGUCUAUUAAUGACUUGAAGCAAUUUCUUCAUACUCGUUUUCGUAUCAAGGACCUUGGUGAUCUGAAAUUUUUCCUAGGCAUUGAAAUAGCUCGUUCCAAGAAAGGGAUUUACAUAUCUCAACGUAAAUAUGCCUUGGAGAUUAUCAAAGAUAGUGGCUACUUGGGUGCUAAGCCGGUUAAGUUUCCUAUGGAAGAAUCCAAGCUUUCAAACAAGGGAGAACUACUCAAAGAUCCUGCUGCAUAUCGGCGUCUAGUUGGUCGAUUGAUUUACUUGACCAUUACUAGACCCGAUAUCACAUACUCAGUACAUAUUCUCAGCCGUUUCAUGCAUGAACCACGCCAACCUCACAUGGCUGUUGCCCUUCGAGUUGUGCGUUACCUAAAGUCAUCUCCUGGUCAAGGUUUACUUCUUCGUUCUCAUGAUUCUUUAAACUUGAGGGCAUUUUGUGAUUCUGAUUGGGCGGGUUGUCCUAUUACCCGCCGCUCCACUACUGGUUAUUGUAUAUUCUUGGGAAGUUCUUUAAUUUCGUGGAGGACUAAAAGGCAAAAGACUGUUUCACUAUCAAGUGCAGAAGCUGAAUACAGGGCAAUGGCAGAUUUACAUAUGCCUAUUUCGAGUCCAGCUAUUUUGCAUUGUGAUAAUCAAUCAGCCUUGCAUAUUGCUGCGAAUCCUGUAUUUCAUGAAAGAACACGGCAUAUUGAAAUGGAUUGCCAUUUCAUUCGGGACAAAAUUUUACAAGGUGAGGUUGUCACUCAACAUGUGAUUUCUUCACAGCAAUUGGCAGACGUGUUUACUAAAGCUUUGGGGAAAGAGAAGUUCAAAUCGCUCAUGUGCAAGUUGGGAGUUCUUGACAAUCACUCUCCAACUUGA